CCGUGGUAACGGCAAUGGCAGUUCGGCAAUGAAAAUCUCCGGCGGCUCAUCAAUUCCCCCGAUUCGAAAUCCAAAUUUCUCUCCGACUGCCACAUGCCCACCUUCUCAACGGCUUCACCAUUUUCAUUUCCCCCUCACCGAACCGGGAACCUCCCCUUCUCUUCUCCAAUUCACAACUGACUUGUUUUGUUCCUGUUUUGUUCUUCCGAUUCUGACAGAUCGAGAGAGUUGGGUAAUUGGGUCUGUUUCUCUUUUAUUGGGUUUCUCUAGUUUUAUGUGAAGAUCUUGUUGAUUUCAUUUUGACUGGGAAUUUUUAUUUUAUCUCAUAUUAAAGGUUUGGGAACUUUUCAAGUUGUUCAUGCUAUAUGUGCAUGGCAGUGAAUCAUUGGAGAUAAUUUUGGAUUAUUUUUGGGAGAGGGUUAUACAUUCUCUAAGUUUUACACGAUUGUUCAAAGGGUGGAUGUUUUUCUUAUUCUUUGCCAUUGAGACUGUUGGACAAAGGAUUGGAUUUCGUGUUGAGACUCUGAAGUGGGAGUAUGGGCUGCAUUUGCUCUAAGGGAAUUCCAGCAAACGAUUAUUUUACUGAGAAUCAUUCCAAAGAGAGGCAUUUGAAGUCUAAUAGAUCAUCCAGACUUCUUGGGGCUUCAUUGAGAAAAGAAGAACCUGCAUUGCACGUUGAUGUAGGGCGAAGUGAUGCAAUGGCGCUAUUGAUAUCUAACCAACCUGGGGAAGUUAAUGCUGGAUCAACACCUGAAUUGGAUGACGCUGAGAAGGCAGCAGCCAGUGCCAAGCCACUGCGUCAAGAACAGCCAACUAUGGAGGAUGGAGCAAAGAGAGUAGGAGUACAUAAUGAUAAUGCAAUACCUAGAAUAGUUAAUGUUGUUAAUGUGGAAGAGGGGGCUUUGGUUAUUGCUGGAUGGCCUUCUUGGUUGAUAUCUGUGGCUGGAGAAGCAAUCAAUGGAUUGAUUCCUAGAAAGGCAGACUCUUUUCAGAAGUUGGAUAAGGUUGGACAAGGAACGUACAGCAGUGUGUACAGGGCCUGCGAUAUUGAAACAAACAAGAUUGUUGCAUUGAAGAAGGUGCGAUUUUCUAACAUGGAUCCUGAAAGCGUUCGUUUCAUGGCGAGGGAAAUUCUUAUCCUGCGUAGGCUUGACCACCCCAAUGUCAUGAAGCUUGAAGGUCUUAUUACUUCAAGGGUAUCGGGCAGUUUAUACCUCAUAUUUGAGCACAUGGAACAUGAUCUUGCAGGGUUGGCAGCAACCCCAGGGAUCAAGUUCACUGAAGCACAGAUUAAAUGCUAUAUGCAACAGCUGCUUUGUGGCCUUGAACAUUGCCAUGCCCAAGGUGUUUUGCACCGUGACAUCAAGGGCUCAAAUCUUCUGAUUGACAAUAAUGGUAACCUAAAGAUAGGUGAUUUUGGGCUAUCAACCUUUUUCCAUUCCCGUCAAAAGCAGGCUCUUACAAGUCGUGUGGUAACUUUGUGGUAUCGGCCACCUGAGCUUUUACUUGGUGCAAAGGACUAUGAAGUUUCUGUUGAUUUGUGGAGUUCAGGUUGCAUUCUUGCAGAAUUAUAUGCUGGGAAGCCUAUCAUGCCUGGAAGAACAGAGGUGGAGCAACUACAUAAGAUCUUCAAACUCUGUGGCUCCCCAUCUGAAGAAUACUGGAAAAAAUCAAAAUUACCUCAUGCCACCAUCUUUAAACCUCAACAUCCUUACAAGCGGUGUGUUGCUGAGACAUUCAAAGACUUCCCUUCCUCUGCAUUGGCCCUUUUGGAUGUGCUUCUUGCGGUGGAGCCUGAUGGCCGUGGAACAGCUUCCUCUGCCCUUCAAAGUCAGUUCUUUACCACCAAACCGCUUCCCUCGGAUCCCUCUACUUUGCCAAAGUACCCACCAAGCAAGGAGUUUGACGCGAAGCUCCGAGACGAGGAAUCUCGAAGAAGAAAAGCUCCUAUCAGUGUAGCACGUGAACAUGAAGCAGCUCAAAAGUGUCCCAGAGAAUCAAAAGCGAUUCCUGCACCAGAUGCAAAUGCUGAAUUGCAGGCAUCCAUACAGAAGAAACAAAGGCAGCAUAAUCCCACAAGUUGCAGUGAAAAGUAUAUUCCUGAAGAGGAUGGUGGCUCUGGCUUUCGCAUCGAACCCCCAAAAGAAGCAACGCAAAUGGCGUCGACUGCAUUGGGUUCUUCACAAAACAUGAACGGGAAUCAGCGUGAUAAUCUAAGAGGUUCUUCAGUUGGAGCCAAAGGUGCAGAACUUAGAAAACAAAGAUCUUAUGUGCAGCAUGGUGGUGUAAAGUUGUCCAGGUAUUCCAAUUCCAUUGCAGUUCGAGGUGGUUCACGAUUCGGCUGUGGGCCAGAAGAGUGUUUUAAUGUGUCAUAUAACCGUUUCAAUGACGUUGAAUCUUCAGAAAAGCAUGAAUGGUCUCACCAUUUACUAGACACACCAAAAUCUUCAUACAAGAUAGAUGAUCAGUCAUCUGGAAAAGUGUCUAUUAACAGUUAUGCUCCAAAGAAGAGAAUUCACUACUCAGGACCCCUGAUGCCUGCUGGUGGAAACCUUGAGGAAAUGUUAAAGGAGCACGAGAAACAAAUGCAGCAUGGGGUGCGCAAGGCUCGUAUCGACAAAGCUAAGAUAAACAAGACCAACGACAAAGGUCAAACGGAGUCGUUGCUUCACCAUGCGAGAAACGGCAGUUGAGCAUUCAUUAUAUGCUGGGUGAGGCUUCUUAAAGGCUAUUGGGAGUUCAAUGAAGCUCAAACAAAAAACUGCGAGGUACGGUGGUGCAUAGUUCCAAGGUUAAUGCAAUUAUAGGAAGAAAGAUUAUUAAAGCCAUUGAGUGAUUCUUAAGCAGAAAAUGAUCGAGCUCUCUUUGGCGCUUGUCUCAGUUGCUGAAGAAAUUCUUUUGUACAGCCUAACCGGUUUAAGGAAUUUCGUUGUCAUAUUCUUUUUGUAAAGACUUUAUUAAGUUAGUUUGAAAACGUCCAUAACAUGCAUAUUGUAAUGGUCCGUUGAUAUAGGAAAUGUAGGGUCGUUACAAUUUGCUAACAAACUAGAGUCGAUCAAAAGACUUUAGAAUUGUUGGGCCCUUAUAUGAGCUAUGGAGGAGAAUCUUUUGUUUCAUCUUUUACCCGACUUUUUAAAUAAAUUCCUAUUUUCUCAUUUCGUGAUAGGACACAACUCUUCUUCAAAUAUAGGUGUUUGUUAAGUUUAGUAGGUACAAUUGAUUACUAUGAGUUUAUGUG